AUGGGCUUCAACACUGCACUAACAAGAAAGCUGGGCAUCACAGUUCCUGUCGUCCAGGGUGGUAUGCAAUGGGUUGGAUACGCUGAACUUGCAGCAGCCGUCAGCAACGCUGGAGGCCUGGGAAUCCUCACUGCCCUCACCCAACCAACCCCUGAAGACCUCCGCAAAGAGAUCCGGAAAUGUCGUUCCAUGACCAAGAAGCCCUUCGGUGUCAACCUGACUCUCCUCCCUGCUCUCGUGCCCCCAGACUACGCUGCCUACGCCCAGGUUAUCAUCGAUGAGGGUGUCAAGAUUGUCGAGACGGCCGGAAACAACCCCGGUCCAGUGAUUACCCAACUGAAGAAGGCCAACACCACUAUCCUGCACAAGUGCACGACCAUCCGUCACGCCAAAUCAGCCGUCAAGCUGGGUGUUGACUUCCUGUCCAUUGACGGUUUCGAGUGUGCUGGCCACGUCGGCGAACAUGACAUUACCAACUUCAUCCUCCUCAACCGCGCCCGUCAGGAUCUGGGUGUGCCCUUCAUCGCAUCGGGCGGAUUUGCCGACGGAUACGGCCUGGCCGCGGCCCUGUCGCUAGGCGCCGAAGGAAUCAACAUGGGCACGCGGUUCAUGUGCACGAUCGAGGCCCCCAUCCACCACAACGUGAAGGAGGCCAUCGUGAAGGCCGAGGAGACAGACACCGCCCUGGUGCUGAGACGGUGGAAGAACACAACCCGACUGUUCGCCAAUAAGGUCUCGAAGGAGGCCCUGAAGGUGGAGAAGGAAAGCAAGUCCGGAGAGUUCAGCGACGUUGCCCCGUUCGUCAGUGGCAAGAGGGGCAGGGAGGUCUUCUUGAACGGUGACGUCGAUUUUGGAGUCUGGACUGCCGGCCAAGUCAUUGGUUUGAUCCAUGAUAUUCCCACCUGUGCACAGCUGCUCCAGCGCAUUGAGAAGGAGGCCCUGGAGGCGAUGCAGCGGAACCAGUCGUUGUACACGGCAACGCCGCAGAGCAAGCUUUAA